CCGAACUGGCUGCCAAGGGCUUCUUAUCCUUUUGUCCUUUUGACAGAUCCAUCUCUUCUUCUGCUGUCCAGUGGCUUGCCAGCUUUGGCGCAAGAUUCUUCUCAGUGAAGAGCGCGUUCAAGGAUGCAGGCCGUCCCCGUGGCAUUGAUCCUCCCGUAUCUAUUGAUCUUGUUCCUUUUGUCGCAUCUCUCAUCGGGCUUUCUUGUGCCAUCUCGGCCCCUUUCGUCUCUGUCAGCGCGGCAUGGCGGCAGGCCGGCGGCGCCACGCGUGUCGGCUGACGGGCAGCCGCGGACCGCCCUGUUCUUCUUUUGGAACAACAAAGAUGAAGAUGAGAUGGAGGAGAAGCUCGAGUGAGCCGCCGAGACCAACACAUGGACAGUGUCGCUGGCUGGCAUUGCGUGGGUGUGGCUGUCCUGCUGUCGUGUCAGUCCUGUCAAGGCCGAGCGGUUUAAGAAGCAGCAGGAGAUCCUCCAGCGCAGGCGAAACCCAGAGAAGCUCAAAGAGUGAGUGAGCACGAGUGAGGGACAUCCAUGCGCUCUCGUGUGUGGACGCCGCAUCGGGAUGUCAUGUCUGUCUGCGCAUCGUUCAGGUACUACUCCGAUUUGGCCGACAGGCGAGCCAAGGCCAGCAAGCUGGAGAUCUUGAAGAAGCAAGCAUGGGCCGAGAGGCCAGGUAAGUAAGACACACGUGUGUCCAAGGAAGGGAAAACAACACACAGGGGAGAAAAGUGAUACGUACGGGUGCAGGCGAGACGGCAGCCCAGAGGAAGCAGCGCAUCGAGGCCACGUGGGAGUCCUUCCGCGAGCAGGGGCUGAUCGGCAAGCCUGGCACGUCUACCUAUGAGGAACCAGAGAGGAGUAAGCCAGCUGACUGCGAGCAAGUAUCUAUCUGCACAUGCAUCGAUGGAUUUGCGCGUCUUUCCGUCUUGUCUGUCUGUCUGUCUGCAGGCAUCCCCUUGCCUGUAGCGCCCUUUGGCCUCGAGAAGUAAGCCCACGCGACAUCCAGCAGAUGCGGCACAGCACACAGGUAGGUCAUCGUGAAUGCGCGGCUUCCGUUCAGGUACGACCAGGGGGAGCGUUUUGACUUGCGGUCCCCCUGGGUGGAGUCAGGGUGGGUGAAUCCCAACCGCAAGAGCUGGUGGGCGGGCCUCACUGGCCAGUCCGACAAGCAGCGGUCAUCAACCAAGUCCAGACGCUCAGCAUCAGGCUCGUCAUCGGGCCGUGCUUCAUCUGCCAAGCCCACACGAAUGGACGAGACGAUCGUCAGCACGAGGCCGCAAGCCAGAGGGGGGAUGGCUGCCUCGGUGGGCGGCGCGGAGAGCAGCAAGGAAGAAAAACCUUUCUGGCAGAUCUGGUGAGGGGCGACCGACCGUCAGGCAGGGAGAGGAUUUUUCUGCAUUUGGAGGCAGCGAGUGGUUGAGCAGUGACACUGGAU